AGCAGCGACGACCAAGCCGACCAAGCUGACGAAGCGGGGACGACGGGAAUGCGCGAUUGAACCAUUGAACUGAUUGAACAGCUGCCUCUACCGUGAUGGGAGCCGUAGAAACGUCUGCACAAAGAACAGCGUCUUUAAUGGAUUAGUGACAUCUUCGUGGGCUACCGUCUUCGCGGCGUGGGAACUGUGGGAAACCCUCUACUCAGUCGAAGAGUUCAAUGAAUGCACUCAGUCGCAGAACGGUGCGGAAUCUCGUUACAUCGAUUACCUACAGCACUGGGCUUGUGGCUUGGAUGUACGCCAUAUAUGCUGGAUUGUUUGUGUCUCUGCGCCACCUUGAGCAGAAAGCCAUUCAGUAGCAGAAGACAGCGUCCAACGCGGCAGCCAUGCAGAAGGAAGCUGACAACGCUGUCAUCCAGGAAAAACUGCGAGAGCUGUCGCAUGUCAUCACGCAAUGUCAGGAAGAGAGAAAUCGGAGCGAGCACAACCUGACAAACAUCAGCAAGACGCACGAGCGGAUUCAGCAGGAGCAGAAGCUCUCCCCGUACUACAAGUCGAAGCUGCGUGGCCAGUACAAGACGGCCCUCCAGGACGCGGAGAGCGAGGAGGAGCUUCUCCGCAAGGCGCUCGACAUCAUCUUCGAGAUACGCACCGUGCGCAACGAGCGUCGCAUUGCCGCCAAAAACUCUGGCAGCGUAGGCAGGCGGAGCACCUCUUUUUCAGAGCGCCCCAAGGAGGCCUUGCGGCGGGGGGCACUGAUGAAAAUGCUGCAGCAAAACGCCCUCACCCUGCCCCUUUUCAUCAGCAAGGAGGACGAGAAGCCGCCGCCACUUUGCGGUGCCGUUCCGGCCGAGCCCAACUACGUCGCCAAGGUCGGUGACAUGGUGGCCGCCCUAGCGCGCGGACCCGAUGACGACGAGAACUGGAUCCUGGCCGAGGUGCUGCAUUACAACCACGGCAGCUGCAAGUACGAUGUGGACGACAUCGACGAGGAGCAGAAGGAGCGCCACACCCUCAGCCGGCGACGGGUGGUGCCCCUGCCCCUGCUCAGGGCCAACCCCACCACAGAUCCCGGCGCCCUGUUCCCCAAGGGGGCCCUGGUCAUGGCCCUGUACCCGCAGACGACAUGCUUCUACCGCGCGCUGGUCCAUGAGCCGCCCGGCGGACCCCAAGAAGACUACCUGGUGCUCUUCGAGGACUCGUCAUAUCCGGAGGGCUACUCGCCGCCGCUCGCGGUGGCGCAGCGCUACGUCAUCUGCUGCAAGGAAAUGCGGAAGAAGUGAAGGGCCUCUGCGUCGGUGCGCAUUGGGUGCAAAACGGUGUAAUCCAGUGUCAGGUGUGCGUUGGUGCGUCAAGGGCUGUUCACGCAAGACGCUGCCCGUCGCUACAUUGUCCGCUGCAAGACAUGGAAGAAGUGAGGGUGACGGUUUCGUUUGGUGCCAGAUGUGUGGUACACAUAGAGGGGGCGUCCCCGGAGGGUACUUUUUGCUGCGACUUUGUGUCGUUCAUGAUUUCUAGCGGAAGGGAGCGUAAUUUUUCUUCCACUUCCAGUCUGUUUUGGGUAUACUUUUGACGGAGAGUAGGCGUCCGCGUGCCUCUGCCUGGAGCCAGGCCCCAACAGACCCCGGCGACGGCUCAGUAUCUGCAGACAACGUGCGUAUACGGCAUGCCGGUGUACAAGCUGCCUGGCGGUUUAGUGCUCUUCCAGGCCUCGCUGCUGCUUGCAGUACAUCAUCUGCUGCAAGGAGACGCAAAAGAAGUGAGGGCCAACCGCAGCUGCCUGCGUGUCGCGUUGGUGCGGGUUUGACGCGGAACGGUUUUGCUUCCUGGUCUACGAUCGCAUGGUAUGCGCCAGAAGUUGAGGGACGUGACUGAGCCUCAACGGACUUACCACUGCGACAGGUUGACAAAUCCCACUCUAUUUUCGGGGUUGUGGGGAUCUAUGUUUGCAGGCCACACCUCCAAGAUAGUAAAGCCGUAGCGCUGAAGUUUCGGUGCCACCCAAAGAAGGCAGAGGCUUUUUUGGGGCGAUGCCUAAAGUUUGGCACUGUUGUUCAGGAGGUGUUGUCGCAGGUGCCUGUGGUUUUGUUGUGUUCCAGAAUUGAACUCGAGUGAACUGGGACAGCUUGGCUGUAGAGUUUGCAAGGUUGCACAAUCUUGCACCGAUAUAAAAUAUUUGGCACCGGAUGUCUCAGUUUUUUUUCGUGGAUUUCGCCAAGAGCGAUCUUGUGGGGAAGCCGGUCGUAGGAGCUGUGGUUGCACCAGAGGCGAUCAUGAUACCAGUAAAAAACAUAACAAGCUGAA